AUGGAAGUCUUCUUGAAGACGGAAAAGGUAACUAAAGAUGAUUUGAUGUCUGUUUUCAAUACUUUACAAGAUGAAGCUGAAAGGUUAUUUAUAAUAGACGAAAAAAUAGAAGUAAUUUGGCUAGAAAUAGAAAAUUUUGAUGAAACCGAAUUUGCUAGCGAAACAGAUUUAACAGAAGAUUACCGCGAUAAAUGCGUUUCCAUGAAAGCAAAAGUAGAUUUGAAUUUGGCGAGAAUUGAAAAAAACGAGGAAAUUCUUGACUCGUUAAAUGAAACAAAACGAAAUUUUCGUCUCCCCAAAUUAGAAUUGAAACGUUUCGACGGCAAUAUUAAAAAUUGGCUUGGAUUCUGGGGACAAUUCAACAAAAUUCAUGAAGAUAAUAGCAUUGAUUCAGACAAUAAGUUCCAAUAUCUUCUGCAAGCAACAGAAAUCGGCACUUCGGCGAGAGAUUUAGUCGAAAGUUUUCCGCCAUCUGGUACCAAUUAUUAUAAAGCGGUUGAGCAAUUAAAAUCUCGUUUCGCCAAAGAUGAAUUAUUAAUCCAAAUUUAUGUUCGGGAACUGUUGAAUCUUGUUUUAACCCAAGCAAAAAGUGCUUUGGAGACUUUAGGAGUAACGUCUGAAAAAUACGAAGCUGUGUUAUAUCCAUUAGUUGAGUCUGCUUUGCCGGAAGAUCUCAUCAAGGAGUGGGAACGAACGCGUAGUAAAGUUGACGAUAAGGAUGAUGCGAAUAUUUUAAGCAGCUUGUUAGGAUUUCUUCGAUCGGAAGUUGAAAGUGAAGAGAGGCUACAACUUGCACGAUCAGGUUUUGGAAGAAAUCAAGAAUUACCUAUGUUCGCCAUGAGAGACAAAAUUCCUACUGCAUCUUGCAUUGUAGCAAGUGAAAAGAAAUGA